CAGCCCCGGGCAGCGCUCCGGCGGCCACCACGGCCGGGCUGGCGGCGAAGGCGGCGGCGGCGGUGGCCGCUGCAGCCCCGCACUCGGCCGCCAAGCUGGAGGAGCGACGGAAGCCGGACCCGCGGAGGAAACUCAAAGUUGACCAGAAAGAAAGGAAGGUUCCAUGUGGGUGUUGGCUGUUUGGCCUAAUGGUCUAAAUGAAAUGGAAAAAGAGAGCAUGGAGUUGUCCUAAUGGUUCAGUUUCCAACAAUAAACCUGGAUGGAGGAUGAAGCUGUCCUGGACAGAGGGGCUUCUUUCCUUAAGCAUGUGUGUGAUGAAGAAGAAGUAGAAGGCCACCACACCAUCUACAUUGGGGUCCACGUGCCGAAGAGCUACAGGAGAAGGAGACGUCACAAGAAAAAGACGGGACACAAAGAAAAGAAGGAAAAGGAGAGAGUCUCUGAGAACUACUCAGACAAGUCUGAUGUGGAGAACGCCGACGAGUCCGGCAGCAGCAUCCUCAAGCCACUCAUCUCGCCUGCCGCAGAGCGAAUCCGAUUCAUCUUGGGCGAGGAGGAUGACAGCCCCGCACCCCCUCAGCUCUUCACCGAACUGGACGAGCUGCUGUCCGUGGAUGGGCAGGAGAUGGAAUGGAAGGAGACCGCGAGGUGGAUUAAGUUUGAAGAAAAAGUGGAAGCGGGUGGGGAGAGAUGGAGCAAGCCCCAUGUGGCCACAUUAUCCCUUCACAGCUUAUUUGAGCUGAGGACGUGUAUGGAGAAAGGAUCCAUCAUGCUUGACAGGGAGGCUUCUUCUCUCCCACAGUUGGUGGAUAUGAUUGUUGACCAUCAGAUUGAGACGGGCCUUUUGAAGCCUGACCUUAAGGAUAAGGUGACCUACACUUUGCUCCGGAAGCAUCGGCAUCAAACCAAGAAGUCCAACCUCCGGUCCCUGGCUGACAUUGGGAAGACGGUCUCCAGUGCAAGUAGAAUGUUUGCCAGCCCUGAUAAUGCCCGCAGCCCGCUUGAGAACUCAGUGCCCUGCCUAGCAACCCGCACCCUGGACGAUGACCCUCGAGUGCGGCGUGCUCCCAGCGUGGGAUGGCUGAGUAGCCCAGCCCUGACCCAUAGGAAUCUGACUUCUGCCAGUCUGAAUGACAUUUCCGAUAAACCUGAGAAGGACCAGCUGAAGAACAAGUUCAUGAAAAAACUGCCCCGUGAUGCAGAAGCCUCCAACGUGCUUGUUGGGGAGGUCGACUUCUUGGAUGCGCCUUUCGUCGCCUUUGUUCGGCUGCAGCAGGCGGUCAUGCUGGGAGCCCUGACUGAGGUCCCUGUGCCCACCAGGUUCUUAUUCAUUCUCCUAGGUCCUAAGGGGAAAGCCAAGUCCUACCAUGAGAUUGGCAGAGCCAUUGCCACCUUGAUGUCUGACGAGGUGUUCCAUGACAUUGCUUAUAAAGCAAAAGACAGGCAGGACCUGAUUGCUGGCAUUGAUGAGUUCCUAGAUGAAGUCAUUGUCCUUCCCCCUGGGGAAUGGGAUCCAGACAUCAGGAUAGAGCCUCCUAAGAGUCUUCCAUCGUCUGACAAAAGAAAGAACAUGUACUCGGGUGGAGAGAAUGUUCAGAUGAAUGGGGACACUCCCUAUGAUGGCGGCCUUGGAGGAGGAGGAGGAGGACAUGGGGACAGUGAAGAAUUGAAGAAAACUGGACGGUUCUGUGGCGGACUAAUUAAGGACAUAAAGAGGAAAGCACCAUUUUUUGCCAGUGAUUUUUAUGAUGCUUUAAAUAUUCAGGCUCUAUCAGCAACUCUCUUCAUUUAUCUGGCGACUGUAACUAAUGCAAUCACGUUCGGAGGACUACUUGGGGAUGCCACUGACAACAUGCAGGGCGUGUUGGAGAGCUUCCUGGGCACAGCCGUCUCUGGAGCCAUCUUCUGCCUCUUUGCUGGUCAGCCGCUCACCAUUCUGAGCAGCACGGGGCCCGUUCUGGUGUUUGAGAGGCUUCUAUUUAAUUUCAGCAAGGACCAUGGUUUUGAUUAUUUGGAGUUUCGCCUGUGGAUUGGCCUGUGGUCAGCCUUUCUGUGCUUCAUUUUGGUGGCCACCGAUGCCAGCUUCUUGGUUCAGUACUUUACUCGCUUCACUGAGGAGGGCUUCUCUUCUCUGAUUAGCUUCAUCUUUAUCUACGAUGCUUUCAAGAAGAUGAUCAAGCUAGCCGAUUACUACCCCAUCAACUCUGACUUCAGAGUGGGCUACAAUACUCACUUCUCCUGUGCCUGUAUGCCACCCGACCCAGUUAAUAUCUCAGUAUCUAAUGACACCACAUUGGCGCCAGAGGAAUUCCCUUCUGUGUUUCCUACUGACUUGUACGACAACACUACCUUGGACUGGGCACUUUUGUCGAAGAAGGAGUGUUUGAAACAUGGAGGCCAGCUUGUGGGGAGCAACUGCGAUUUUGUUCCCGAUGUCACACUCAUGUCUUUCAUCCUCUUCUUGGGCACCUACACCUCUUCCAUGGCCCUGAAAAAAUUCAAAACCAGUCGUUAUUUUCCAACGAUGGCAAGAAAACUGAUCAGCGAUUUUGCCAUCAUCUUGUCCAUUCUCAUCUUUUGUGUAACAGAUGCCCUGGUAGGUGUGGAUACUCCAAAACUUAUUGUGCCAAGUGAGUUCAAGCCAACAAGUCCAAACCGCGGUUGGUUUGUCCCGCCAUUUGGAAAAAACCCCUGGUGGGUGUCCCUGGCGGCUGUUAUCCCCGCUUUGUUGGUCACCAUUCUCAUUUUCAUGGACCAGCAAAUCACAGCUGUGAUUGUAAACAGGAAGGAACAUAAACUCAAGAAAGGAGCUGGCUAUCACCUGGACCUCUUUUGGGUGGCCAUCCUCAUGGUGGUGUGCUCCUUCAUGGCGCUCCCAUGGUACGUGGCUGCCACUGUCAUCUCCAUUGCUCACAUCGACAGUCUGAAGAUGGAGACGGAGACCUCUGCCCCCGGAGAGCAGCCCAAGUUCCUUGGAGUGAGGGAACAAAGAGUCACUGGAACCCUUGUGUUUAUUCUGACUGGUCUGUCAGUCUUUAUGGCUCCCAUCUUGAAGUUUAUUCCCAUGCCUGUACUCUAUGGCGUGUUCCUGUAUAUGGGGGUAGCAUCCCUUAAUGGUGUCCAGUUCAUGGAUCGCCUGAAGCUGCUCCUGAUGCCUCUGAAGCAUCAGCCUGACUUUAUCUACCUGCGCCACGUCCCGCUGCGCAGAGUCCACCUGUUCACCUUCCUGCAGGUGCUGUGCCUCGCCCUGCUCUGGAUCCUCAAGUCAACCGUGGCUGCUAUCAUUUUCCCAGUCAUGAUCUUGGCACUGGUAGCUGUCAGAAAAGGCAUGGACUACCUCUUCUCCCAGCACGACCUCAGCUUCCUCGAUGAUGUCAUUCCAGAAAAGGACAAGAAAAAGAAGGAAGAUGAGAAGAGAAAGAAAAAGAAGAAAGGAAGUCUGGAUAGUGACAUUGAUGAUGAGAAAGAUCACCAACAUUCCUUGAACACCACACAUCAUGCUGAUAAAAUUCCUUUUCUUCAGUCACUGGGUAUGCUAAGUCCUAAAACUCCAGCACAAGUUGUGCCUCAAAUCAGAAUAGAACUUGAGCCCGACGACGAUGAUGAUUACUGGAGGAGCAAGGGAACAGAAACCACAUUGUAACUUGUUUGUCUUUCCUCAGACUAACAGAUUUUGUUGUUCAUGGUCUUGUUGGUUUUGUGUGCGUCUGGUUGUUUAUUUUUAAUUCUUGUUUUGUCUUGGGUUUUGGUCAUUGGCCAAAUAGUACAGUGCUCUCUCUGCUUCUCCCCAGCAUAAGGUACAACUAAGACAGUAGUGCACCAUUCCUGAAAAACAGCACCCGAAGAGCCCCUAUUUGUUCCACCUUCAGAUGUAUCCUCUGACAACCAGGUUCCUCUGUCAUGCAGGACACGUACAGACCGGGUCCCUUCCCUUCUUAGCCAGAGGUCAGAAGUAUUGAGGAUUUUAUAACACCUUUCAUUCAAAUACUGAAGGAACUUACCACUUGAGCUUUUGGAGCUGUGCUUACUGGCUUGUCUGUCUGGCUGGCAGAACAAACCUUGAUCUCCAGACAGUGUUUCCUCUUGCUUACGGAGCUCUCUGGAACUGGAAAAGUGCUGCUAUUCUAAGUUGCUCUUGCUUAUGAACCCUAGUCCUAGAAUUAUCAAAAGAAGAAAAACUAAAGGUACUUUACUGCCUGUAGCAAAACUAUUACCUUUCUUGUAGCAAGUGCUGGAAUGUCCCUUUUUUCCUAUGCAACUUUUUUUAACCCUCUAAUGAACUUAUCUGUUGAGUACAUUUGAAGAAUAUUUUUCUUCCUAGAUUUUGUUGUUUAAAUUAUGGGGCCUAACCUGCAACUUAUUUUUUUUGUCAAUUUUUUAAACUUUUUUUUUUUAAUUACUGUAAAAUAAUGAAUUUUUUCCUGCAGCAGGAAACAUAGUUUUGAGUAGUUCUACCUCUUAUUUGUAGCUGCCAGGCUUUCUGUAAAAAUUGUAUUGUAUAUAAUGUGAUUUUUACACACAUGUACACACUCAUACACACAUACACACACAAAUACACAAUCAUUAAGGUAAGCCAGCGGGCUCGAUCAGAGGAAAAACACCAUGUUUCUAAGCGUCAAUUUUUCCCCUUUCCUAAAAAGAAAUUUAACUGUUCUGUGAAGGAGAACUGGGGAGAAGGGAGAAGCUCCUAUGUUAUGGGAAUAACUGAUGCUUUGAGAACAGUACUAUCCAGGCACAGAUGCUUAUUGUAUUACCAUGUCCAUGUCCUAUGCAGUAUUGUUAGAUUUUUUUUUCACUUUGAAAUAUUUGUGUGUUUGUGUAUAUACUCUGUGUGUGGCUGGUGCAUAUAUGUGCAAAGUUAUGGUAGGCAAAGGGCGAAGAUAUUCAGUCUCUUGUGUCAGUUGUCAUAAAACCCAAACCAUGUAUGAAAAAUUUAUCAGAGGUCAAAGAGACUUACGGUUAUGCAAAUGAGGGUGAAUAUAUUUUAUUAUUCAGAUAUCAGUAACCAUCACUGAUACAGUAGCCCAUAAUUACAAUAAAAAAUUCAUAGAAAUAUCAAUAGACCAUUUGCACAUUUAUAAAAUGUUUAUGACAUGACAAAUAGAUCUGCAGAGGUGUAUGUGUAUACAUGGUAAUAAGACUCACACAUUUUUUUAGGAUGGAAAGGCAAUUCCUUGUGAUUGGGAAGUUCAGGAUAUUUGUGUGUGUUAUAUAUACACACACAUAUAUGUAUAUGUAUGUAUAUAUAUGCAUAUACACACACUUCGAAGUACCAUUUUGAAAAUUAGAAAAAAAUAAAAUUAAUCUUUAUUAAUUACUGUUAUUUUAAUAUAAUGCUUUUAAUAGGUUGAAUUAUGUAUUAUGAAUCUGCAUUAAAAAUGUUGAUUCCAUAUUUUGGAGUCAUACAGUCACAUUUUGUGGUGCAUCCUAAGUAAAAUAGAUUGUUAGAAGAGUUAAAAAAUAGAACGAAGCCAUCAAUUUUGGUUUCAUAAUAUAUACACAGUGACUCCUUAUUUUUAUAUUAAUUAAGUUAUAAUACAGUUCUUUUAAAAUUCUCUACAAAAAUGUUAUUCUGAAUUAGCUGAUUCUUUUAUAGUAUUGGAUAAUCUUAAAACCUUCAGUUUUAUACAAAUUAGAUAUAAAUGACAUGCAGUUUUUUAUUCAAAUGAAAGUAGCAAAUUGUUAUUUAUUAAAACCUCACAUGCUAAAUUUUGGCUUGUAUUUACAACUAAUCUUACAAUUAUUACUCUAUAUUAUAUAGUUUUUUUUCAUUAAACUAAGAUAAAAUUAGAAGCUUUCCCCAGUUUUUUUUAACUGAUAGAAGGACCAAUAAAAUGUUUGAAAGCCAUGCAUAAUAUAUUCAGCCUAACCUAAAAUCUUGUUAAAUUAAUGACAUUUUUGUUCAUUUUUAUAGAAUCUCUAGCUAUAAUAAUUUUUAUUCUGAUCAUGAAUCAAUUAUUUAAGGAUUCAUGCCCUUCUCCAUCUCUUUCAAAAAACUCCUAAAACAACUUAAUUCAGUGCUUAAGCCUUUGAGUAGAUCUAAAAGUUUUCUGCACCUCUGUCUAUGACGCAUGUUCAAUGACUGUUUGGUACUUACAAUAUGAAUGUGGAACAAUAUGUUAUGUUUGCUAAAAGGAUCAUAAGUAUCAAACCUUUUUAAUAUUUUGGGACCCAGGGACGUAUUUAAAAAAUCAUAACUUUCAGAGGAAUAGAAAUAGUUACCC